AUGUCAGACCAAGUUUAUUACAACAAGGGAUUCUCCAAAGUGAUUUCCGACACCCACGCCUGGAGGACAGUCGAGAAUGCUGUUCCUUACAUUAUUCCUUACCUCAACAAAAGCCAAAAGUUGCUUGACGUUGGAUGUGGUCCAGGCACAAUUCUGAAGGACUUGGGAAACUAUGUGGGGGAGGUGAUUGGAAUCGAGCCUACGGCCGAAUUGAUCGACAUCUCCAAGGCCCAGGAAAACUUGCCUGAAAACGUCCAUUUCCAAAUUGGUCUGGCGUACGAGAUUCCGUUUGAAGACAACUCCUUUGAUGUUGUGCAUGCGCUGCAAGUGAUUGUGCAUCUUGCAGAUCCAGCCAAGGCCUUGCGGGAGAUGUUGCGUGUUUGCAAAAAGGACGGCUAUGUGUGUGUGAAAGAUGGAGACUUGGAUUCGACCGUGGUGUAUCCUGAAAAGUAUGCGGACGUGAUUUUGAAUGCCAUCUCACACAGACCCACGACGCUGAUGAUAGCCGGGAGACUGUUGAAAGAAAGAGCUUUAACGGCUGGCUAUUCGGCAGACAAAAUGACCAUGUCUGGCCUGGUCUGGUACAUCAGCAGUGCCGAGCAGAGAAAGAAACAGUAUGACAUGAUGCGUCCACGAAUUGAAAAAGGUUACGAGGUUACAGAGCACUCUAAAUAUGACAAGAAGACAGUGGUGGACACGCUUGAAAAGUGGGCCAACGACGAUGCUGCUGUGUUGAUUUUUGUCAGUGGAGAGUUGGUUUACCGGAAAUGA